CCAUCUUCCAGUAAUUCGCCAAAAUGAUCAACACAAAGGGAAAGAGGAGGGGCACCCGCUACAUGUUCUCUAGGCCUUUUAGAAAACAUGAAGUUGCUCCUUUGGCCACAUGCAUGCGAAUCCAUAAGAAAGGUGAUAUUGUAGAUAUCAAGGGAAUGGGCACUGUUCAAAAAGGAAUGCCCCACAAUCGUUACCAUGGCAAAACUGGGAGCGUCUACAACGUUACCCAGCAUGCUGUUGGCAUCAUUGUAAACAAACAAGUUAAGGGCAAGAUUCUUGCCAAGAGAAUUAAUGUGCAUAUCAAGCAUAUUAAGCACUCUAAGAGGCGAGAUAGCUUCCUGAAACGGGUGAAGGAAAAUGAUCAGAAAAAGAAGGAAGCCAAAGAGAAAGGUACUUGGGUUCAACUGGAGCACCAGUCUGCGCCACCCAGAGAAGCACACUUUGUGAGAACCGAUGGAAAGGAGCCUGAACUGUUGGAGCCCAUUCCCUAUGAAUUCAUGGCAUGAUGGGUGUAAAGAAAAUAAAAGACCUGGACUGUGAAAAAAAACCAAAAAACCCAGCCUAGACAAUUAUCAACUCAUGGCCAAUCCUGUGAGAACCAUGAACUUUAGAGCCAGAUGACAGAUCCAGAGUAUGAACUUUACAGUACAAAACAAAUAGGAUUAAUCCUACUGAGGCUGCAGGAUCCAAGUUUCUGCACAAAUGCCCUAGACUAGAGCCUAGAGUAUGGGGAGAAGGGCAAAGAAAUUCUUGUUUAGCAAUCAAAGAAGAAACCUGAGACUUAAAAAAAACCCCAAAAAACCCACACACAUUCACAUUCUGUCUCUGUCUCUCUCUGAAGGAUGCACAAUGCACAAGUAACUGUAACAGUGGUUAUUGUCAGGGAGGGAAAGGACUGGGGAGGAGAUUCCUUUUUCAUUAUACAUUUAAAAAGAAGUUUUG